CUGGAAUGAGGACUGACUGCUGUUAAUUGUCCACUGAAGAUUAAUGUACUUCUACCUCAGUGUUUUAAAUCUGUUGACAGUUUGGGUAAUGAUGGCUCAGCUCCAGCCAGGAUGCCCAGAUGAAAAAGAGAAGACUACUGCAUUAAAGGAUUUAUUGUCUAGAAUAGAUUUGGAUGAACUAAUGAAAAAAGAUGAGCCACCACUCGAAUUUCCUGAUACUCUGGAAGGAUUUGAGUACAUUUUUAAUGAAAAAGGGCAGUUAAGACACAUAAAAACUGGGGAGCCAUUUGUCUUUAAUUAUCGAGAAGAUUUACAUAGAUGGAACCAAAAGCGCUAUGAAGCUCUUGGAGAGAUUAUCACUAAGUAUGUUUAUGAACUACUGCAAAAGGAAUGCCACUUGAAGAAAGUAACUCUCCCAGUUGAUGCAACAGAGAGUGAACCAAAGAGUUUUAUCUUUAUGAGUGAAGAUGCGUUGACAAAUCCUGACAAGCUCUUGGUCCUGAUUCAUGGUAACGGUGUUGUCAGAGCAGGUCAGUGGGCCAGGAGGCUUAUAAUUAACAAAGACCUGGACAGCGGCACACAGAUGCCAUAUAUAAAGAGAGCUGCUGAGGAAGGCUACGGAGUAAUAGUACUGAAUCCCAAUGAGAACUAUAUUGAAGUGGAGAAGACAAAAGCCCAAGUACAGCUGUCCUCUGAUAGCUCAGAUGAACCUGCAGAAAAGAGGGAAAGAAAAGAUAAAAUCCAAAAGGAAACAAAGAAGCGACGUGACUUCUACGAAAAGUACCGAAAUCCACAAAAAGAAAAAGAAACUAUGCAGAUGUAUAUUAGAGAUAAUGGAUCUCCCGAAGAACAUGCAAUUUAUGUUUGGGACCAUUUCAUUUCCCGGUCAGCUGCAGAGAACGUGUUUUUUGUUGCUCACAGUUACGGUGGACUUGCCUUUGUAGAGUUGAUGAUUCAACGAGAGGCAGAAGUAAAGAAUAAGGUAACUGCUGUGGCGUUGACAGACUCUAUUCACAACGUGUGGCAUCAAGAAGCUGGGAAAACUAUUCGAGAGUGGAUGCGAGAGAACUGCUGCAACUGGGUGUCCAGCUCCGAGCCCCUGGACACUUUGGUGGAGUCCAUGCUACCAGACUGCCCCCGUGUCUCUUCAGGUUACUCUUUAUUUGCUCGGUCCGUGGAGAGUGCACACACAGAUAAAAGGCUCGGUGGGACAAAGCUGUGUACGUGCCGGUUUCUCCUGUGGCCAUGAUGACAGGGUACAGAGCGCCAUGAACUAACUUCCUGGAAGAGUUUUCCAUCUAUUUUCAAGUUCUUCAGCGAGGCAAUGGAUGCAAAGAACAGCUCAGUGAAACCAGCCCCAACGCGGCGCUCCAACAGGAUAAAAUACGAAGAAUUGUAAAAGGAGUAGAGUAAAAAAAGAA